AACAAAAUCAUCUCAGUUAACUGUGUAGAAGAUAACAUAUACAUACAUACACAUACAUAUACAUAUAAUUAUAAUUUUUAAGAGCAAUUUGAUUCAAGGGGCUUUUGUUUCACUUCAUCCAAGACCACUCACUCAUCAGUCGGUCCCGGAGACUUCGCCGGCGAUUACGGUGGCGAUACUCCGACCACUGGAUCUAUCCCUUCACUCACUCUAACCCUAAUUUUAUCUUUUCAAUUUAAUCAUAAAGAUAAUCAAGAGUCAAGAUGUCAUUUAAAAGCAUUGUGAGGGAGAUGAAAGAUGGUAUUGGGAGCUUUUCGAGAAGAAGGGUUGAAGGGAAACACUGGAGAAGUUGUACUCGAUCACAUAUCGUCCCCGAUGUAGCUCCAUUGGAACCGAUAACUGAAGGCCGAUGGGCUCACUUGCCACCUGAACUGCUUUUGGAUAUAAUUCGGAGAGUCGAGGAGAGUGAGACGUCUUGGCCGGCUCGAACUGUUGUUGUUUAUUGUGCAUCGGUUUGUAAGCCGUGGAGGGAUGUUACUAAGGAGAUUGUUAAGACUCCUGAAGAAUGUGGAAGGUUAACAUUUCCUAUCUCGUUGAAGCAGCCGGGUCCCCGUGAUUCUCCAAUUCAGUGCUACAUAAAAAGAGAUCGAGCAACUUCCACUUUCCGUUUGUACUUUGGACUGACUCCAUCUGAAGAUGAGAGUGAUAAGCUAUUGUUGGCAGCCAAGAAAACCCGAAGAGCAACAAGUACAGAAUUUUUGAUUUCUUUGGUGGCAGAUGAUUUUUCCCGUGCAAGCUCUACUUAUGUCGGGAAACUAAGAUCGAAUUUUCUUGGAACCAAAUUCACCAUGUAUGAUAGCCAACCUCCAAGUAAUGAUGCGUUUCAAGCUAAUCAUAGUUGCUCGAGUCGAAGAUUUCAUACUAAGCAAGUAUCUCCUCGCUUACCAGCAUGUAAUUACAACAUUGCCUCCAUCACCUAUGAGCUAAAUGUACUACGUACAAGAGGCCCUAGAAGAAUAAAUUGUUCAAUGCAUUAUAUACCCAUCUCCUCAAUGCAAGAAGGUGGCACGGCCCCAACUCCAAAAUCUUUUCCACAAGAGAAACUUCCUCUCUCAUCAUCACCUUCUGUGAAAGAAAAGUCAUUACCUGGCAGUGUCUGCAGCGAUGCUUUGGUCCUUAAAAACAAAUCACCAAGAUGGCAUGAACAAUUACAAUGUUGGUGUUUGAAUUUCAAAGGACGUGUUACAGUGGCUUCUGUGAAGAAUUUUCAGCUGGUUGCUUCUGUUGAUUCUUCAUAUAAUGUGUCGGAAGCAGAGCAAAAUAAAGUGAUUCUACAAUUUGGGAAGAUUGGACAAGAUAUUUUUACAAUGGAUUAUCGGUACCCGCUAUCUGCAUACCAAGCCUUCGCUAUCUGCCUCAGCAGCUUUGACACAAAACCAGCAUGCGAAUGAUGUGUUUUAAACUCUUCUUUAAAGUUAUCUAGGAGACGAGUCUUUUCUCCUUGUAGCAGUUGUAGUUAAUGACAAACAUGUCUUUUGUUAUUCAAACUAUUUGAAAUUAUGUUUGUUGGCUUUCGAUGUGUUAUAUCAUUGGGUGAAGAUCUAUGUUUUGCUA